CAAGGGAACACAACAUUGUAAAUCAACUAUAUUUCAAUGAAAAAUUGUUUAAGUAAAAUUUUUUUUAAAAAUAAGGGAAAAGAAAAGAAAAAUUAAGGCCCAAUCCGUGAGGUCCAGCAUCUACCUGUUAAGUAUUCUCCACAAAGAUCAAAAGGGAGAAAACUAGCAAAGACGUGAGAAAAGAAACUUUCCCAGAGUUGAGGGGCACAUGGCUUUGGAUUUAAAAGGCCCACUGAGUACCCAGCACAACAAACAAGACAAGACUCAUAUCUAGACACUGCCUUGUAAACAUUUUUCAGAAAGAAAAUAUCCAGCCUUCAAGAGGCAAUAACUAGUCGCCUGCGAAGGAACGGAAUCAAAUCCGCUUCCAACCUAACCCCAGCAAUGCUGAAUGCCGGGAGCCGCGAUGUCUCCCAGUCUCUGCAAGGACACGCUUUCAGCCUCGAGUGGACAGCCUGCCAAGUCAUCACUCAGUGGGAAGCUGUGGAAUUUGUAUGUUACAGACGAGGAGGUCACACCAGCAGAGGUGAAGCAGCCUUCCGGAGGCGCCAGUGAUGGGAAAGUCGUGAAUUGCACCUACUCAGGCAAGCUGUCUUUGGACUGAGCUACAGAACACCAUCCUUGCCACACCCAUGAAAGAAACACGAAAUGAAAGAUAACAGCAUCCUUUUUUUUCUUUUUUUUAAAAUUUUUGGCUGUGUUGCAUCUUCGUUGCGGUGCGCGGGCUUCUCAUUGCGGUGGCUUCUCCUGUUGCGGAGCACGGGCUCUAGGCGUGCGGGCUUCAGUAGACGUGGCACACGGGCUCAGUAGCUGUGGCUUGCGGCCUCUAGAACGCAGGCUUCAAUAGAUGUGGCACACGGGCUCAAUAGUUGUGGCUCCCGGGCUCUAGAGCGCAGGCUCAGUAGUUAGGACGCACGGGCUUAGUUGCUCCGCGGCAUGUCGUCUUCCCGGACCAGGGAUCGAACCCGUGUCACCUGCAUUGGCAGGCGGAUUCUUAACCCCUGUGCCAUCAGGGAAGCCCCAAUAGCACCCUUUAAAAGGGUUUGUCUCGGGGGAGAGUGUCCUCCUUUUCAUCGGUGUUUCCAAAAGUAACAUUCUAGCAGCACUACAGUUAUCCAAAGUGUUACCAUUAGGGGAAAGUGGGGGAAGGGUACAUGGGAUCUUGCUGGAUUAUUUCUUACAACUGCUUGUGACUCCACACUUAAAUAGCAGCGGCAUCAGCCACCAUUUACUUACCCCACAAAAUUUCUGUUGAGCAGCUGCUCCGCUGGGGACACAGCAAACGACGCAGACAAAACCCUGGCCUCAUGGAGCUGGCUGGCUGUUGGGGGUUGCCUUCUCCAAAGCUUCACUGGAUCAGGCUGUUUAUAACUCUAGUUAUAAAAUACAUGCUGAUGAUGGAAAUGUUGAUUACAAAGUCUGGUCCCCCACAAGGUGGGUCUAAUCAGGCUUCCUGGGUGAUGUGACAAGGCUCGGCGUAUUUGUCAAGGCCAAGCCUUGUCCCACGUGGUGAGUAAGUGAGUCAUCGCCACUCUGGUGUUUAAAAUACCUGUAAAGGGCAAAAAGUGCUCUGUUCAACCCGUGCUUGGAAGGCCUAACCCCGUUCGCUUUCGUGCUUCUUUGCUCCAGGCCGCUGAGAGCGUGCAAGUAGAAGGCUGAGGACGCAGCCGGUUGUCACGGAGAUGACGAGGCUGAGGCUGUGAUCGAUGAAUCGCAGAGCCCAGCGAGUCGCUCGCAGAGAGGGAGGCUCCCCCGGCCCUCGCCGCGCCCUCCAGAUCCGAGACGGCCGGGAGGCGGAUGCAGCCCCCGAGGCGCUGAGGCCCCGCCCUCUCCCUUCCGCCCCGGCUCCGGGAUUUCCUCCGCGAUGGCCUGUAACCGCUCGGCCGCCGAGGCCUACGCAAACCUGCCGCCCAACGGGAGCCACGCGGCGGCCCCCGGGCCCGCGGCCCCGCCCGCGCCCCUCAGGGUGUCCCUGGCGGCCCUCAUGGCGCUCAUGACGGCCGGGGGCCUCCUCGGCAACGCCGCGCUCUGCGUCAUCGUGUACCGGCGGCCGGCCAUGCGCUCCGCCGUCAACCUGCUGCUGGCCACGCUGGCCUUCUCGGACGUCAUGCUGUCCCUGUGCUGCAUGCCCUUCACCGCCGUCACCCUCGUCACCGUCCGCUGGCACUUCGGGGACGCCUUCUGCCGCGUCGCCGCCGCGCUCUACUGGUUCUUCGUCCUGGAGGGCGUGGCCGUCCUGCUCAUCAUCAGCGUGGACCGCUUCCUCAUCAUCGUCCAGCGCCGCGACAGGCUGAACCCCCGCCGGGCCAAGGCGGUCAUCGCCGCGUCCUGGGCGCUGUCCUUCUGCGUCGCGGCCCCGUCGCUGGCCGCCUGGCCGCUGGUGGAGGUGCCGGCGCGGGCCCCGCAGUGCGUGCUCGGCUACACCGAGCUGCCGGCCGGCCGCGCCUACGUGCUGGCGCUGGUGGGCGCCGCCUUCUUCGCGCCCUUCGCCGUGAUGCUCGGCUCCUACCUGGGCAUCCUGCACGCGGCGCGCAGGAACGCCGUGCGCGUGCACGACCAGUCGCGCGGCCUGGACCUGCGGCGGCUGCCCCGCGCCGGCCUGCGGCGGCUCCAGCGGCAGCAGCAGCUCAGCCUGGACCUCAGCUUCAAAACCAAGGCCUUCACCACCAUCCUCAUCCUCUUCGUGGGCUUCUCGCUGUGCUGGCUGCCGCACUCCGUCUACAGCCUGCUGUCCGUGUUCAGCCGGAGGUUCUACUGCGGGCCCUCGUUCUACGCCACCAGCUCUUGCAUCCUGGGGCUCAGCUACCUCAAGUCCGUCUUCAACCCCAUCGUCUACUGCUGGCGAAUCAAGAAGUUCCGCGAGGCCUGCCUGGAGCUGCUGCCGCAGACCUUCCAGAUCCUCCCCAGAGUGCCCGAGCGGAUCCGGAGGCGAAUCCAGCCGAGCACCGUGUACGCGUGCACCGAAAGCCAGUCCGCCGUGUAGGGGGUGGCGGUGAGCCCCCUGCCCCCCGCUCGGCUUCCUGGCACUUCGUGCCGUCAG